CUGUGGGCUGCAGGAGGCUGACGGCACAGGAAGAAGCCACACAGCCACCCCUCUUCUACAGCCAGGAUGGGUCUGAGGGUGGCUCAGACAGGUUUUGUGGCCCUGGUGCUGCUCCAGAGCUGUGCUGCCUACAAGCUGGUUUGCUACUAUACCAGCUGGUCUCAGUACCGGGAGGGUGAUGGGAGCUGCUUCCCAGAUGCCAUCGACCCCUUCCUCUGCACCCACAUCAUCUACAGCUUUGCCAACAUAAGCAACAAUGAGAUUGACACCUUGGAGUGGAAUGAUGUGACGCUCUAUGACACACUGAACACACUCAAGAACAGGAACCCCAACCUGAAGACCCUCCUGUCUGUUGGAGGAUGGAACUUUGGUUCUCAAAGAUUUUCCAAAAUAGCCUCCAACACUCAGAGUCGCAGGACUUUCAUCAAGUCGGUGCCACCAUUCCUGCGGACCCAUGGCUUUGAUGGACUGGACCUAGCCUGGAUCUUCCCUGGGCGGAGAGACAAGCGGCAUCUCACCACUCUAGUCAAGGAGAUGAAGGCUGAGUUUGUAAGGGAAGCCCUGCCUGGAACAGAGCGGCUUCUGCUCAGCGGAGCGGUGUCUGCAGGGAAGGUCGCCAUUGACAGAGGCUAUGACAUCGCCCAGAUAUCUCAACACCUGGACUUCAUCAGCCUUUUGACCUAUGACUUCCACGGUGCCUGGCGCCAAACUACAGGACACCACAGUCCCCUGUUCCGAGGCCAGGGGGAUGCAAGUUCCGACAGAUUCAGCAAUGCAGACUAUGCUGUGAGCUAUGUGCUGAGGCUGGGGGCCCCAGCCAAUAAGCUGGUGAUGGGUAUCCCCACUUUUGGGAGGAGCUUCACUUUGGCCUCUUCCAAGACAGACGUGGGAGCCCCGGCAUCAGGGCCAGGAAUACCAGGCCGGUUCACCAAGGAGAAAGGGAUCCUUGCCUACUAUGAGAUCUGUGACUUCCUCCAAGGAGCCACAGUCCGUAGACCCCUUGGCCAGCAGGUCCCCUAUGCCACCAAGGGCAACCAGUGGGUGGGGUAUGAUGACCAGGAGAGCGUCAAAAACAAGGCAAAGUACCUGAAGAGCAGGCAGCUGGCUGGUGCUAUGGUGUGGACCCUGGACUUGGAUGACUUUCGGGGCAACUUCUGUGGGCAGAACCUACGCUUUCCUCUCACCAGUGCCAUCAAGGAUGUGCUUGCUGCGGCGUAGCCUCUGUCCUUGGCACAUGGCGGGGCAGGGAUGGCCCUUGCCCCUUGGCUCUCACUGGCUAGGAGUCGGAGUACCUGCCCUGAUGGGUCCCUUGCUGAGCCUCAGGCUCCCUCCCUGGGGCCCAUGCAGAGGCCACAGCUCUACCACCUGAGAGCAGCUCUAGUGGACAGGCAGGCAGGAGUGGUGCUGCAGGACCGGCACCAUGUAAGACAUGGGUCAGCACACACCUGCUGACUAGUGAGAAUGCCCAGGGACUCCAGGCUCCCCCCUCCAAGGAGAUUUCUUCAUCUCCCUUGCCCCCAGUCCUCCGUGCUAGGGGGCACCAUUUUGGCAAGCUCCACCACCACACAGCCAACCAUCUCACAAGAAGCAGCAGCCACACUAAUUAUAUCCUCUGCAAAGCCUGACUUGAAACUUUCACCCAGAAACAUACUCAUGGCCCCCUCCCACUUCCUUUCCUAAUUCUGCAGCUGCUCAAUAAAGCACCAGCGCUCAUCA